CUCAGUUCCCUCAUCUCUCCCAUCCUUUUUUCAAUCAAGCUUUGCUGCUUAAACCCCCUCCCCACCCAACUGAAAAUUCCAUCUUCCCAGGCCUCCUCCUCCUCCUCCUCGACUGCCUCAAAAUCUGACAACUUCCCUCCUCUGGGCUAUUACUGAAGAAUUGAUCAGUUACCACUGCCAUUGCCAACAACAAUGGGGAUCUCCAUAAACGGUGGUGGUGGUGGUGGUAGUGGUGGUUUAAGCUCAAAACAUUUCCAUGUCCAGAAGAUCUUCCUUCUCUGCAAUUACCUCCUAUUGGGUGCUGCCUCAAGCUGUAUCUUCCUCACCCUGUCCCUCCGCCUCUUGCCGUCGGUCUGCGGUCUCUUCCUCAUCCUCCUCCACGCUUUCACCAUUGUGGGCGCAGUUUCCGGCUGUAACGCUGCCUCGUCGGGGACUAACCGAUGGUACGCAGCGCACAUGGUGUUUACGGUCCUAACGGCUAUAUUUGAAGGGUCUGUUUCAGUGCUGAUAUUUACAAGAACAGGGGAUUUCUUACAAGGGUUGAAAUCGUAUGUUGAGGAAAAAGAUGGAGUAGUGAUAUUGAGAAUGGCGGGUGGGCUUUGUGUCUUGAUCUUUUGUCUUGAAUGGAUUGUGUUGACACUUGCGUUUGUGUUGAGGUAUUAUGCUUUUGUGGAAGGAGACGGUGUCGAGAGGAGUGCCAAGGUUCAGGAGGGGGACGAGGAGACUACCAAAGAUUGGCCAUGGCCGUUCCAAGUUUAGAGAUUAGAGAGCUAGAGCCCCAUGGCCUUCUUCAGUGCUGUGGUGGAUUCCUUUACUAUUUGAUUUCUUAUUUGGUACCUGGGUUUUGUGUGAUUCUUCCUUAUGCUCCGGUGAGAGACGAUGGAGGGAUUGAUAUGGGUUCGGGUCUGAUCUGAGAAAUGUUGUCAGCCAUAGGGGAAAAUGGGUCAUGUAUACAGAGAGAAUUCGUAGAGAAUUGAAGGAUGAAGAAUUGCAGACAGAAGGUAUUUGUUGCUGCCGUAAUAUAAGAUCUAAAUUAUUUUUCAAAAAAAAAAAAUAUUCCUAUCUUAUGUGUUUAUGUAUCAGUCAGGUAUUCGUAUCGGUCACUGAUCUUGACUUUGGAUUAUUACUUCACUUUAAUAGCAAAAUUAAGGCUUUGUUUUUUA